AUGCGAACAGUUAAUGGUCAAGUAUGUGAUACCGUUCAAAAAGUUGCACUUAAGCUGAAGUUGUUAGAGGAAGAUGACUCAGUUGAUAUAUGUUUAAAAGAAGGCUAUUUUAGACUUAGGUAUGCUUUUGAUCCAUAUAAGGUAAGGCAGCUUCCUGUUAAAUCAGUUGAGUGGUUUUUAGAGUCGAUGGGCAGCUCUCUUGCAGUCUAUGGAUUAGACCAUUUAGUUCAGGAUGAAGAUGAUGGAAUGCGUGUAAAAAAGGAUAUAGAGGAUGCACUGAAUGCUCCAAUGCCAAAACAAUGUCUCCAGUGCAAGAAUCAAUUGAAUCAGGCUCAGCGGGAAGCAUUUGAUGUUAUAAUGGAUCACGUUACAAAGAAAAUGCCAGGAGCAUUUUUUAUAGAUGGUCCAGGUGGAACAGGAAAGACCUUUUUAUAUAAUGCUUUAUAUGCAGAGAUAAGAUUGAUGAAUAAGAUUGUACUGCCAACAGCAGCAUCGGGUAUAACUGCAGCUAAUAUUUCCUCUGGAAGGACUGCACACUCGCGGUUUAAAAUUCCAUUGGAUCCGCUUGAGUCACGUGCUUGUAGUGUACCUAAACAAGGUAGUCUGGCUGCAUUGUUAAGAGAAACGACACUUAUCAUUUGGGGUGAAUCUUGGAUGGCCAAAAAAGAUAAUGUUGAAUCACUUGAUAUGCUGCUCAGGGAUAUAUGUGAUCCUCACUUAUUGUUUUGA